AUGGCAGGUGAUUAUCAAAUUGCAUUGCUGGCGGAACCAUAUGUUGGAUCAAGUAAUGAGGUGCAACCAACUCAGGGCCUCAAAAUAUACCAAUUUAGUCAAAAAGGCAGAGUCAAGGCUUAUAUACACACCAAACCAGGUUGUGGCCAGGUACUAGGUGGUGACGUCAAUGGAUGGCAUUACAUAUGGGGCAGUAAGACAAACAACCCCAGAGGAUGUGCGGUAGUGGAGCUGGCAUAUGCAAAUGACUUCUUCAUCUGCAAUGUUGGCACCUCACUCACUUUUGAAACCGUCACACACGGCAGGGAUCGAACUUCUAUAAUAGACCUCACUUUGGCCCAUGGAUACAUAUAUGACCGUAUAGUCGGGUGGAAGCUGAACCUCAGCUCCUGCUCCUCGUUGAUACACAAUGCUGUGGAGAUUGAAACUGGGAAUUCUUUCUCAAAUUCGUCAUCAAUAAGAUACUCCACAUUUCAAUAUAAUAGCGACAAGGCUAAUUGCGGAAUAUUCAAAGACGCACUUCACACGCUUAUGAACAACACAGACAUAUUAGAGAGAGACAUCGGAUCACUUAAUACAGCUGGCUUGGAAAACUUGAUUGAUGACAUCUGCGGGGUAAUUCAUAGAGCGUGUGAAGAAUCUAUGCCGGCAAAGAAAGGCCGAUCCCUGACAAAGCAUCGCCCGCUAUGUUGGACGGGAAGAUCGACGGACCUCAAAAAGGAGGUCAUCCUGUUAAACCACAGACUCAACCGAAUGAGACGUCAGAAUCUUCCACUAGACCAAUUGGCAGAGGAACUAAGAAACAAAAAAGCAAUAUAUGCGGAAGAACUGAACAGCUGUGGAAGGGAGCGGAAGUCAAGUUCAUAA